GGUCAGACGUCGUGCACGCGUUUGGGCUGACAGGCUGCUGCUCUCACCCUCAUAAACACCACCGCGCUUCAGUCAGCCGAGCAGGUCUCGGCUGUGACAGCGAGUAUUAUAUUGAAAGUUCAGAGCGGAAGUUGUUUUGCAGUAGGUGGGCUUGACGUGAUGAAUCGUCUCCUUCAUUCACGGUAACUAAGGAUGGAAUCGCCAGAAAACGUUCCCGGCAGGGCAGUCGGUGUCGAGCAGGAUGCUACACCGACCAUGGACUUGGACACCGCAGAGUUGCUGGUGGGAGCGGGUGUUACAGCCAUCACACACCCGCUGCUGUAUGUCAAGCUGCUAAUACAGGUGGGACACGAGCCUCUUCCCCCAACUGUGGGCACAACUAUGUUUGGAAGAAGAGUUUUAUACCUGCCUGGCUUUUUCUCCUAUGCACAUCAUAUUGUGAAGGUAGAUGGAAAAAGGGGACUCUUUCGCGGCCUCUCACCACGUAUUGUAUCCAGUGCUAUCUCCACUGUGGUGAGGAGUAAAGUGAAACAGGUAGGGCUUCUGUCCAAGAUCAACAAACAGCAGGAUUCCCUCAGGGAAGUGGUCAAAGAGACCUCACAUGAGAUGAUCAUCCAGUGCCUGUGCAGAGUAGCCACCCAUCCUUUUCAUGUUAUGUCAGUACGCUGCAUGGCUCAGUUUGUUGGCAGAGAGGUCAAGUACAGUGGGAUGCUCAGCUGUAUCGUCAAGAUUUUCAAGGAGGAAGGAGUUUCUGGAUUCUAUGUUGGUCUCAUACCGCAUGUCCUGGGAGAGGUUCUAUUUCUGUGGUGUUGUAAUCUCCUGGCUCACUUUAUUAACACCUAUGCUGUGGAUGAAAGUCUCAGUCAGGCCUCUGCGGUAAAAAGCUACACUAAAUUUGUGAUGGGCAUUGCAGUGAACGUCCUCACAUAUCCAUUCAUGCUGGUGGCUGAUGUUAUGGCAGUCAACAAUUGUGGACUGGCUGCAGGUCUUCCUCCUCAGUCUCCCAUCUUCAAGUCCUGGCUGCACUGCUGGAAUCACCUGAGCAACAAGGGUCAGCUUUUUAGAGGAUCCAGUGUCUUUUUCCGCCGAGUGCCCAUGACUUCACUUCCCUCCAUCGAGGACUAACAGCCUCAUCGCCACCAUCCGCUGGGAUGUUCUCGUUCUCCUGCUCAGAAAGAUAUUGACCCACUUCACGGUGACGCCUGAGUUCUACCAGCCCUCAACCCCUUCCCUCCUCGCCUUGCUGCCAAAACGAGUCUGGGCGCUUUUUUGUUGCUGAAACACAAAUGGACAUUUUCCAAGGAAUUCAUACUCUCAUGUUAAAUUAUUCCAGUUAUUUGACUGCUUUGGAGUGGGAAAAAUACUUACAAAUUGCACCAAUAUUUUUGUUGCUACCUGUGUUAUAAUCUGCAUGUUCCCUCGUGUGACUGAAUGCUGGCUGAUGUGAAACCCCACCUGUCAGUCUGCCUUUGUGUUUUCAUUUAUAAAAGCUGUUCUUUACUUAUAGAAAAUAAAAUCUUUGCCGCAGC